UGUUACUUCUUUGUUCGUUAUAAAACGAACGCAUCGAAAGGGAACAAUCCAGAAGUUCGAGAAUAAUUCAUCGUUACAGCUCUUGUUGAUUAAUCGAUCGCUGUCUUCCCGAGUCUUCGUUCUGUUCGUGUGUGAGAUACUUGGACAAGUGAUUCACAUAAUGAGGACUAUUAUAUUCGUCAGUUUGCUGUGCGCAUUAAUAUUAUCAUUUUCUGAAGGCAGUACUAUCGGACUGAAAAGCGAUCGAGAAUUUCAUCAAAGCAGUUUUGCAUCCGAUCUUGUACCUCAGUGCGGAAUCAGUAAUGUGCAGGCAGAUAGAAUCGUUGGUGGCAAAGAAGCUGUGUUAGGUGAAUUUCCUUGGAUAGCUCGUCUUGGGUGUAUUGUUUCUCCUAUGCCUGGUCUGCAGUGGAUAUCGUGGAUGUGCGGUGGCACUUUGAUUAACGAGUUAUUUAUCCUUACCGCUGCUCAUUGUUUUUCUGAUGAUUCUUCUUUAAUUUCUUUGAUUAUGAGCUAUGUAGCGCGUGUUGCCGAUUUAAAUUUCGAGGACACCAACGAUGGGGCAAAACCGGUUCAGGUUCCCAUUAAAGAUAUAAUGCGGCACAUGGAAUACAAUGCUUUGACUCAUGAGAACGAUGUGGCGCUUGUAAAACUAGCUGAGAAGGUAAAAUUUACACCAAUACUUCUUCCCGCUUGUCUUCCGCUAGGAAAGGUGAAAAAUGAGAAUUUAGAUGGGAUGGAGGCUUCAAUCGCUGGAUGGGGACAUACUAGUUAUGAAGGAGAAUCGCCCGACGAACUUUUAAAAGCUACAAUUUCUAUAAUUUCGGAAAAAGAAUGCAAAGCUGCUUACGGUCAAUCGACUGCAGUUAUUGAUAACCGCACUCUAUGCGCAGAAAGUCCUGGAAAAGAUUCCUGUCAGGGUGACAGUGGUGGACCACUGACGAUAAGAUUUGAAAAUAAGACAUAUCUUGUUGGAAUAGUAUCAUGGGGCAAGGGAUGCGCUGAGCCAAAUUAUCCAGGCGUAUACACAAAAGUUGCAGAAUUCUUACCUUUCAUCAAGCAACACAUGGAACAGUGAAUACUGGAACUCCCAAAAUAAGUCUCCAAGACAACCAGAAGGAUUUAGGCGAAAGCUCAACAAAAACUUAUUAUCAAUAAAGGAAUGAACUAAUUAAUUAAUUUAA